GUAGGGGACUAGAUGUUGAAUAGGUAGCCGUUUGGGAGUGGUCCAGCCUCAAAAUGGCGGCUCUGUACAAGGUUGUGAGCAGCGCGAGACGCGGAGGAACGUGUUUAUUAACGAAACGUGAAGUUUUUGUCGGGAGCAGAUUUUACAGCAGCGGCGAUGGAGGCGUUUCUGCAGGAGGAGAAGAAGAGAAACAGAAAAGUGGCUUUGCUGCCGCUUAUGAUCUUCACUCCGAGCUGAAACAACAGCAGCAGGACACCAAGAGCCACAAGGUUCGCAAGAGCUCAUCGGACGACACCCAGUCCUUUGCAUCACUGUUGCGUCACUCACCGUUGAUCCAGAUGGGUCCGGCUAAGGACAAAAUCGUCAUCGGCAAAGUUUUCCACGUGGUUCAGGACGACCUGUACAUCGAUUUCGGUGGCAAGUUCCACUGUGUGUGCAAGCGGCCCAAGACGGACGGCGAUAAAUAUCGGUGGGGCAGCCUCGUUCGGCUCAGGCUGGAGGACCUCGAGCUGACCUCGCGCUUCCUGGGCGCAAACACCGACACCACGCUGCUCGAGGCCGACGCCACCCUCCUCGGACUGCUCGAGGGGAAGGAGGCCAAAGACAAGUAGCAGCUACAACUCAUCUGAGACUGUUAAUUGUUUAUCGUUGUUCUGUGAACAGAGAUUAAUAAAUACACUUAAAAAACUGUGUUUGAAAUGUCGAACAUCUAAA